AAAAGGAACAAAUGUCAAAAGGAUUUCUUCUAUUCCAUUAGUCACUUUUCCCCAACAAAUUUUCUGAAAUCCAAAACAAACCCAGAAAUCUCCACCAUGAAAGGAAUCAAAUUUCUCACUCUGCUACUCAUCAUCUUAUCUCUGUACAGACAAUCAGCAGCAGCAGAAGAAGACACCCCAGUAAGUAGAUUUCAAACCUAUCUGAGAUUCAAAACAGCUCAUCCAAACCCAGAUUAUUCAAAACCAAUUUCAUACUUAACAUCCCAAGCUCAAUCAAUUGGUCUUAAAACUACAAUCUUCGAAUUUGCCCCAUCAAAACCACUUCUUAUUAUCACUUGGGUGGGUUCAAAUCCAUCUUUAUCAUCAAUCUUAUUGAAUUCUCAUCUUGAUAGUGUUCCAGCUGAACCAUCAAAAUGGAUACACCCACCUUUUGCAGCAACUAAGACAGAAGAUGGUAAAAUCUAUGCUAGAGGUGCUCAAGAUGAUAAGUGUAUUGGUAUGCAGUAUCUUGAAGCAAUUAGGGAGCUGAAAUUUGUUCAAGGUUAUAGUCCAGUGAGGACUGUUCAUAUAUCUUAUGUUCCUGAUGAGGAGAUUGGAGGGGCUAAUGGAGCUGCUAAGUUUGCUGGGUCGGAUGAGUUCAUGGGUUUGAAUAUUGGGUUCAUGUUGGAUGAAGGUCAAGCAUCUACUAAUGAGAAAUUUAGAGUUUUUUAUGCUGAUAGAGCAAUUUGGGGGUUGAUUAUUAAGGCAUCAGGUAUGCCUGGACAUGGGUCUAGGAUGUUUGAUAAUAGUGCUAUGGAGAAUUUGAUGAAGAGUGUUGAAAUUAUGACUAAAUAUAGAGAGGGGCAAUUUGAUUUGGUUAAAGCUGGAUUGGCAAUGAAUUCCGAAGUUAUAUCGGUGAAUCCUGUGUAUAUGAAAGCCGGUACUCCUUCUCCUACGGGUUAUCAAAUGAAUAUGCAACCUUCAGAAGCUGAAGCAGGAUUUGAUAUUCGGUUUCCACCUACAGCGGAUCCUGAGCUACUGAGAAAGAGAAUCGUUGAUGAGUGGGCACCACAUCAUAGAAACAUGACAUAUGAGUUAAGUGUGCAUGGGCCCAUGAAAGACCACAUGGGGCGUCCUAUAAUGACAGCAAUUGAUGAUACCAAUCCAUGGUGGGGUGUUUUUAAGGAAGCCAUAGUUUCUGCUGGUGGAACACUCUCUAAGCCUGAAAUUUUGGCUUCCACAACUGAUGCACGUUACAUCAGAGAGUUGGGAAUUCCUACUUUUGGGUUCUCCCCAAUGACGAACACUCCCAUCUUGCUUCACGAGCACAAUGAGUACCUAGAGGAAAGCGUCUAUUUGAGAGGAAUAAAGAUAUAUGAAUCCGUGAUCAGGACAUUGAGUUCCUUUGAAGGAGCAAACCACGAAUCAACCUAGAGCCGUGCCCAAAAAAAUCAGUUAGCCCUCUGGAUAAGCUCUCAGGAAAUCAACCCAUCAGCCAUAAACUAAACAAGUGCAAUCUGACCAUCUUCUUCUGUAAAGCAACUUCUGAAACUAUGCAACGGUAUGGGUUGGCUAUUAGUCCUGCACCUGUAUGAUUGAUGUAAGUAACAGUCCAUAUUACGGGAUUCUUAUAAGGACCAAGCAAUUACUCAAAAUAUUGUUGUGCUAUCUUCUCAUGCUACGCUGACAAAUAAAUGGGCCUGCUGUUAGUCCCAUAAUCAUCAUGACCACCUUUCACAAUAGAUUGAACACUUCUCCCUCCAUUGUCUGUAAAAUAUGGUUGUCAUUUAAGUGUAUUGUUUUCUGUUUCUGUAACCUUAAUAAUCCUGUAAUGUCAUGGUUAGUUUACAAUUUGAAACAACAGAAUGCUUUGCAAACA